AAAUUCCCCACUUUUAACCUCGAAUUCAGAAAGCACAGCGUGGCUUUUUCGAUAUGAAAAGGUCCGAUGCCAAAAGCAAACGGAUGCAAGUCAUGCUUGAGAAUUCCGCAACCUAUUCUGAUGUGGAGUUUCAAGUUGGACCCGAGGGUGAAAGCUUUUUUGGCCUCAAGGCCAUCUAUGCUCGAGCCUCCGAGGUCUUUUCGAAGAUGUUUUUUGAGGCGGGAUUCCGUGAACAACAAGCGACACCACGAGUGGUGGUCAAGAUUGAAGACAUCAUGCCUGGACCCUUUCGAAUUCUUCACCGAUGGGUCUAUGACAUGGAUGUGACUUUGUCUUCCGACACGAUCUUUGGUGUCCUUGAUGCUGCUCGAAAGUACAUGGUUGAGGACUUAGAAUUGACAUGUCGACGUUGGAUUGCCUUAGAAGCUCGAUCAGCGACGGGAGCUGUGGGACUUUUCUGUGCAGCCGUGGCGGGUCAGUGGAUUCCUUGGUCUCAAGCGCUACGCGCACGGGUGGAGUCCUUUGGUGCUGCAGCUUUGGCUGCCUGUCCCGAGGCAAUCAGCCGCCUACCAGCGGAUGCAUUUAUGUCUUUGUUGACAAGUGAGGAUUUGUCUGUGGCAAAGGAAGAAGAAAUCUUUGAUGCCGUCCAGGGCUGGGCCGCUGCAGCCAGCGAGCGCAGCGAGGAUCCGGCAGCAGCGUGGCAAAGAAUUGCUGAAGCAGAUGUGAUUUUAUUUCAUUUGCUGGACCCAAGGUUCUUUGCGGAGAAGGUGGUGUUGUUGGGCCGCUUGACGCAGGAGCAAAGCCUGUCGGUGUUUGUGUCCAGAGCGAUGGGAGACUGCCCGGCUCGGCCAUCAAGCCUACUGGCAAGGCUUCAGCUGAUUCUCCGUGAUUGCAGCUACGAGGACACAACGUCCAUUAUUGAUAGCAUCAUUGAGCUCAGGCAUGAAGACACCUACCCGAGAACUCUUGCCCAUUGUCUUGUACAGAAAGCUUUGGCUGACUAUGAGCACUGCAGUGAGUGGGUCAGCAUGUGGACCGAGCUCUGGGGUGCCUUGCGCGCCGCGGGCCUGCGCGACGAGUGUGUUCGAGCUACAGUUGACUACUGUCAGAAUUUAUUUGAAGAGGAACCGUCUCCAGAGAAUUUAGUUGGAGUUUGGAUAUGCCCACAUGACACACUUGGCUUGGUGCGAGUCUUGUGCAACCUCAACGACUCGCGCAAGCUGGCGGUGCUUCCUUUGAUGAAGGUCCUGGAAGCUCUCGUGCGAAAAGCUGAAGAGUCGGCACCGCAAGGAGGAACGACCUGUGACCCAGCCACGGCCGCCAGAGAGCUGGCGGCGCACCUCGAAAAGAUUCGAUUACGAAGCGGCCAUUUGAUGGCUUUGCAAAGCCUUCCGAGCCUGCAACAGCGCUUGGAAGACCUGCCAGAGAAUGGAAGCUCUUGACCAGCCGCGCUUCACUUUCGCAAGCGCUGAAAGCGCGUGCGUUUUUGGCGCUGCGCAGCGUUUUGGGCGCCUUUGAGAGGGUCAUGGAGGUCAAAAUUAUGGUUUUCCCAAAUGCAUCUUUUCAGAAGACCGAUCCGAAUUGGAUCACAAACAAAACGUGCCAAUUUGGGCACAUGAAAUUUGAAUUGGAUUUUGGAUUUUGCACGCGGCGACGCGUGCAACAUGCUCUAGUCGAGACACUGCUGGGGUAACCGAGACAGGCCCGCGUUCUAG